CAAUUCACAAGCAAACAGACAAUGACGUCUAGUGUCGUUGUUGGUCCACUGGAAGGAAGUAAGUGGACACGGCAUCCCCUCCCCUCUCCCUCUCUCUCUCUCUCUACCUUUCUCUCUCCAAGAAAAAGCAUCAUGAGUGAAAACGAAAACCCCCCAAUAGAAAGAGAGAGAUCCCUAGGCACAGAAUCUAUGCUCACCACCUGUUUGUUCAAUGGCCCCCACCCAUCACCAUCUCCCACCACCAUCAACAGCAGCACCACCGCCACCAACAAGCAACACCAAUGCCUCUCUCUCUCUCUCUCUCUCUCUCUCUCUCUCUCUCUCUCUCCAAUUCUCUUAAUAAUCAAAAGGCAUUUGAUGGAUAGAUACACAUAGGAGUAUAUUAUACCCACAUAUAAAUAUACCUCCCCCUUCUCCAUUUUUUUAUUCCUUCUCUUGUUUCUUCUAAUUAAACAAAACAAAAAAAAAAAAACCCAAUCCAUACAUAUUACUAUACUAUCACCUCUUUUAUGUACUCCGGCGAUGCCGACGCCGGUUAGCACAGCGAGGCAAUGCCUCACUCAAGACGCCGCCCAAGCCCUAGACGAGGCGGUGGCCGUCGCCCGCCGCCGCGGCCACGCCCAGACGACGUCGCUCCACGCCGUCUCCGCCCUCCUCUGUCUCUCCUCCUCCUCGUCUUCGCCGCUGCGUGACGCGUGCACCAGGGCCCGGAACGGCGCGUACCCGGCCCGAAUCCAGUUCAAAGCCCUCGAGCUGUGUUUGGGAGUGUCCCUGGACCGCCUCCCCUCGUCGCCGCACCGGUCCGACGAGCCGCCCGUGUCGAACUCGCUCAUGGCCGCGAUUAAGAGGUCUCAGGCGAACCAGAGGCGGCAACCGGAGAGCUUUCACUUGUACCAGCAGCAGCAGCAACAGUCGUCGUCCGUUUCGAUGGUGAAGGUAGAGCUUCAGAAUCUGGUUCUCUCCAUACUUGAUGACCCAAUCGUGAGCCGGGUUUUCAGUGAGUCGGGUUUUCGGAGUUGCGAUAUCAAGUUAGCCAUUCUUCGACCCGUUCAGCAUCAGCUUCUUAGGUAUUCACGGUACAGAGGCCCCCCUGUGUUUCUCUGCAAUUUGAAUGGCGAUUCGGAUCCGGUUCCUAGGAAUUUCAGCUUUCCAUUCCUGGGUUUUUCUGGGUUUUCCGGGUUAUCCAAUGGUGAUGAGAAUGGUAAACGAAUUGGCGAGGUUCUUGUGAGGAACAAGGGGAGAAAUCCGCUCCUCGUCGGUGUUUGCGCCAACGAUGCUCUUCGCAGUUUCUGUGAGGUUGUGGAGAAAAAGAAAGGAGGGUGCGUUUUGCCAGUGGAAAUAUGUGGGUUGAAUGUGAUUCGCAUCGAUAUUGAUGUGUCGAGAUUUGUCAAUGGGAAUUGUGAUGAGGGGUCGGUCAAGCUGAGGUUAGGGGAGAUCUUUCGAAUGGUGGAACACUGUAGUGAACCUGUGGUAAUCAGUUAUGGUGAUCUCAAGGAGUUGAUUGGUGCUGAUGAUGAUGAUGGUGCCUCAGGUUCUGCUGCGGCGAGUUUUGUAGUGGGAGAAUUGACGAGGUUAGUAUAUCAAUAUUCCGAAAGGAAGGUGUGGUUGAUUGGAUUUGCAGCAACUUAUGAGACAUAUUUGAAGUUCUUGAAUAGAUAUCCAUCUGUUGAGAAGGAUUGGGAUUUGCAACUCCUACCCAUCACUUCUCCUAGGCCAGCCAUGGGAGGAGAUUCAUACCCCAGAUCCAGCUUGAUGGAGUCCUUUGUUCCAUUUGGUGGGUUCUUUUCUACGCCUGCUGAUUUGAAGAGCCCAUUGGGGGUCUCAUACCAAUGUCCACCCCGCUGUCAUCUCUGUAAUGAGAAGUGUGAACAAGACGUAUCUGCCAUUAUGAAAGGUGGAUUUGCUUCUUCAGUUGCAGAACAGUACCAAUCUAGCUUACCUUCUUGGUUGCAGAUGACUGAGGUCAGCACAAACAGGGCUUUGGACAUUGGAGUGCAGGCCAAAGGUGAUGGUUUGGCAUUGAGUGCUAAAGUUGAAGGACUGCAAAGGAAAUGGAACAAUAUCUGCAAACGUCUUCAUCAUGCUGAAAAACUGACAAAGGGAAACAUUUACCAAGUGGGUUCUCAGGUUAAAACCGUUGUGGGCUUUCGAGUCAAUGAUGAAAAGAAGGAAAAUGCCGAUACCCAGAGCAGCAAUGAGACAAAUGGAUCUUCGAAUGCAAGUGGAAGCAAAAAGGUUGCUUCAUGCAUGUCAAUGGAUACACAAAAUUUUCCUAGAUCGCAAUCAGCCAUUACACUACCUGGAGUAGUUUCACAGGCUCUGGAUUUGAAUUCCCUUGCCCAAACGAGGGAAAAGUCAUUAGAAACCAGAGAUCUUGAGCUAGGUGGGGUUCAGUCUCCUCCUAUGAGUUUGUCCUGUUCUGAUGGUCACCCGUCUCCACCUUCUACUACGUCCGUGACUACAGAUUUAGGUUUGGGAAUAAAUGCUCAAUCUUCAUUGUGCACUUGUCCUGCUUUUGAAGGCCCGUUUGAUCCGUGGGAUUUCAAGAUGCUCUAUCGGCAACUGAUUGCAAGAAUCAGGUGGCAAGAGGAUGCUGUUAGUGCUAUAAGCCAAUCAAUAGCUCGCUGCAAGGCAAGGAAUGAACCUAAACGCUUUGGAGCAAGUGUAAGGGGAGAUAUAUGGUUCACUUUUCUUGGACCUGAUUGCUUCAGUAAGAAGAGGAUUGCUGUUUCCCUUGCUGAUAUAUUCUUUGGAAGCAAAGGAACCCUUAUUUGUGUGGAUCUAAGUUCCCAUGAUGGAGUGAGUGGUUAUGAUGUGAAGUUCAGAGGGAAAACUGCUGUUGAUUACAUUGCCGGGGAAUUGAGCAAGAAACCAAUGUCUGUUGUGUUCCUUGAAAAUAUUGAUGAGGCUGAUCUGACGGUUCAGAAUAGCUUAUCACAGGCUGUGAGGACUGGGAAAUUUUCUGACUCACACGGAAGAGAAGUAGGUAUCAGUAACAGUAACACAGUCUUUGUGACAACUUCAAGAUUCACAAAGGGUGCUGAAAUUCUCUAUUACAAAAAGGAAAGUGGCAACUAUUCUGAGGAAAGUAUAUUGAGAGCGAAGGGAUGGCCAAUUCAGAUGGUAAUUGAUCGUGUGACUACGAAUAACACAAGGAGAGGCAUCUCAAACCCAAUCAUUGUGAACAAAAGGAAGUCAUUUGGUACUUCUGAAAUGGCCAAACGGCCUCACAAGGCCUCAAAUAUGCAUCUGGACUUGAAUCUCCCAGCUGAGGAGAUAGAUGUACUAAACACCGACUGUGGGAACUCUGAAAGUGACUCCAUCUCCGUAAACAACAGCAAGGCUUGGUUGGAGGGUUUUGUCGAAUUAGUGGAUGAAACAGUGGUUUUCAAGCCGUUUGAUUUCGACAAGCUUGCUGAGAAAAUGUCACAGGAGAUUAGCAAGUGCUUCCAUAAAAUUGUUGGUUUGGAUUGUUUGUUGGAGAUUGAUUCCAAAGUUAUGGAGCAGGUAAUUGCAGUAGCAUGUCUAUAUGAAGACAAAGAAGCGGAGGAUUGGGUCGAGCGGGUUCUAAGUAGGGGAUUUGUUGAAGCUCAGAAAAGGUACAACCUCACAAGUGGUUAUGUGGUGAAACUUGUUGCCUGUGAAGGCCUUUCUUCAGAUGGGGAAGCGCUGGGAGUUUGCCUUCCCUCUAAAAUUCUUGUGAACUGAGGUAUUAAGAUGGCCUUUUUGUCCUGUAAAGUAGAUGUAUAAUCUAGUGUUUUAGAAUCUAGAAACCCUGGUUUAGCCUAUGAAUCCCACAUUCUAUUGUGUGUAGUAUUGUAUAGAUUACGACUAGAGCAUGCGUGAUUGUCCUUCACUAGAUAUGAGAAGAACUUGUCUUGUUUGUAGCUAUAAUACACAAAUAUAAGUUGCUCCUCGUUUAGCUUUGGUAAUGAAAUUUCAUUUGGUGUUUGGUUU